GCAGCAUGUGAAACAGCCCUUUAAGGUUUUAUCGGCUGCGAUCGCGACCUCACUCGCGAGGCUUUUAUCUCGCCGUUUGUAAAAGUCUUCCUUUUCUUUAUAUUUUGUUAUGCAGUGGAGCUGAAAUGGGCACGCUUGCUCGAGCGAGACUCGCGCGCUGCGCGUGAACAAUCAGAUGUGCAGAACGUGGAAUCGUUUCUCGACGUGCCAGCUUACAUCCACCGCUUCUCGCUGCGCCUGUAACAAGGCGCUGCUGCUUUGCUAGGCUUCGAGUCCAGUCUCUCACAGUACAAACACGCAAGGUAAUCGGUUUCUCGAUCGCGACGAGUUAUCUACGGAGAAGUGUGUCGUUCGGUCGGCAUCUGCCCGCUAUAGACUUGUCAACUCGAUCUCGCUUGUCAAGUCAGCAGCCAUGUCCUCAAAGCAGCCAGGUGGCAGCCAACCCCUGGGUGCAGUGCCAGCCAUAGGUAUGAACGUCUUGCGCCGCCAUGCUCGGAACUUCCUGGAGCAUGGCAUUGAACAGGUUCUCCCGAAUGCACUGAUAUCAAAGAUGGUGCAGCGAGAGGGUGACGCACUGCGUGUGAACAAUCAGCUAGUGCCGCUGGCACGGAACGCCUACCUGGUUGGCUUUGGCAAGGCCGUCGGGGGCAUGGCAAAUGUCAUGCAGACACUGCUUGCCGAGCAUCUGGUCGAGGGCGUCAUCAGCGUGCCACUGGGCACUCGGCAGAUAGCGGCCAACAUGCACCGCCCGGAGAUGCUGCCCAAUCCUGAAGGCCCGAUCAAGGUGCUGGAAGGGGCCAAGGACAAUGUGGCAGAUGAGAGGGCAGCAGCCGCAGCCGCAGCCAUUGUGUCCCUCAUAAAAAAGCUCAAGGACACCGACAUUCUCAUUGUGCUCAUCUCGGGGGGUGGCUCGGCACUGCUGCCUUACCCAGUGCCGCCACUGACCCUGAAGGACAUCAAGAAGGUCACCCAACUGCUGCAGUCCAGCGGCGCCCGCAUCACCGAGGUGAACGCGGUGCGCAAGCGCCUCUCGGCCGUCCAAGGUGGUGGCCUGCUGCGACAGACCACGGCUCAAAUGCUCUCGCUCAUCCUCUCUGAUGUGGUGGAUGACCCACUGGGAAGCAUAGCUAGCGGUCCGACGGUGCCCAACAAGGACGACCCGGGUCUGCCGCUGCGGCUGCUCGACAAGUACCACGUGCGGGACAAAGUGGCGCCAAUCAUAGUGGAAGUGCUGGAACGCGUCGUGUCCCACCUGGGUCCACCCACCACGCAGUCCCUGAACGUUCUCAUCGGCAACAACAAGGUGAUGUCUCGUGCUGUGUGUCUGUUGGCUCGCCAGAGGGGCUACCAGUCGUACCUGCUGACAACCUCGCUUGUGGGCGAGUCAUGCACUGUGGGCAAGGCCAUAGCACAGCUGGCCUUCUACCUGUGCUACGGUGGUUCUACGGUGCCUGUCCCACACGACCCAGUCACUGAGAUUGCUCAACACCUUCAGGUCCGCUACCGUGACCUGGAGCAGUUGAAAGAGUCGGCGGAACGGGCCUUCGACAUGGGUCGGCCCAUUUGUGUGGUGGCUGCCGGUGAGACGACAGUGAAUUUGACGGGGCCGGGCAAGGGAGGUCGUUGCCAGGAGCUGGCUCUGGCAGCCGCCAUCGAGCUUGACCGGCUCUUCCAACACAGCGAGUUGCAACCACAGCGCAUUGAGCUCAUCGUGCUCGCAGCAGGUACAGAUGGCCAAGACGGGCCAACAGAUGCGGCAGGCGCCAUGGCGCACAUCAUGACCGUGUCCGAGGCUUCUGCUCAGGGGAUCGAUGCCGCGGGAGACCUGGCGCGCAACGACUCGCACCACUUCUUCCGCACCUUGAACAAUGGUGCCGACCACCUCAUCACGGGGCUCACCGGCACCAACGUCAUGGACCUGCACAUGCUGCUUCUGCGGCGAAAACCUGCCACCAGCUAGCGCCCCCUGUGUGACAUUUACCAAGACUCGCCACCGGCCUGGCAACACUUGAAAGCACUGCGGCUAUUGGCAGAGUGGAAGAUCCGUGCAGACGUGGUGUAGUUGCGCAUGUGUUGUGAGAUGAUGCUAGCAGCCAUGAAGCCUCGAUGUGCCGUUCACUAGGCACAGCUCUUUCUGAGCUGUUUGUAAUUUCUUUAUUUCUUCGGUGAAUUAGAUGCUGUCUUUUUUAUCACAUUA